AUGACGGAAAGGACGAUAACGCUUCUGGCCCUUGCUGUGCUGCCUUGGCACAUCCUAUCUCAGUUGACGUCGCCGACAAUACCCGUAGACACUGGAGUCGUCCUUGAUAGCCAGGAUAUUCUUGGGCCGUCUUUCCUUGGCAGCGAGGCAACGCCGCAACUGCUCGAGCCAAAAACUCGUUUCCUUCCUGAAGUCGUCGGAUUCCAUCAGGAUGGUGGAAACUCGAGAACAACCGAUUGCAUCGGGCCACUUGGAAGUAAGCCGGAAGCCGGAAGUCGGUCAAUCGGCAUAUCUGCGCAAUUCUGGCAGAAUGACCAUCACCUAAUUGCGAGAUCGGUCUGCAAUGAGACACAACCUUAUUUUUGUAUGGCAGCUCUCGACCCUGUCAGCCUUACGCAGUUAGCAACAUGGGCUCCGGAAAACCAGACACUGUUUUCACCCUACGGCGAAGUCGUCAACGGCAGUCUAGUUUUUCCGACUUUGGAAGGACAUGUUUUCCGAGUUCAGCGCGAGGAUAGUGCAAACGGUACUAUUUUUAGGGAGCUGCUGGAUAUCGAUCUGUCGAACAUCCUGUCCACCGGCCAUUCCCCAAUGAGCACCAUGUAUGAUUCUGUUGGCAAUCUCUGGUUCGCUGCUACACCAAUACCUGGUAUGGGAUCAAAUGACAACUCCUCGAUGAUUGGGUUCAUCAACCCGUCGGGAGCUGUUUAUACAAAGAGUGUCGAGGGCCAAAUGUUUGAGAAUUCAAUGGCGAUUAACGGCAGAACGGUUUAUAUCAACUCAGGGCCACUCACCGAUAGUGGCCAAUCGAAUGCUUCUGGCUACAUGUUUGCCUUCCAAGCUGAUGGAACUGCCGGCGUCGAGACUGUUUGGACCGAGAGCUAUUCUGCCGGCAGCACACUGAAGCCUGGAGGUUUCGCGCGUGGCUCUGGAUCAUCUCCAACAUUAGUUGGCAACAAAUAUGUUGCUAUCACCGAUAAUGCCGACAGCCAAGUGAACCUAGUUGUCUACCGCCAAGCCGAAGAUUAUGAAAAGCACAGCUCAAAAGGAGGAUCAAGUUUUGUUUGUCAAAUUCCGCUAUUCAAGCCAAACGCCAGUGCCAACGAGAACGCGAUGGUAUCGCAUGUGGACGGCUCGACUUAUAGCGUCCUUAUAAACAACAACUAUGGGGCUCCGGCAAUGCAAAACUCUGAUGUUUCAGAUAACAUCAAUGGUGACUUCAAUAGUUUUGCUUCUUUAGCUCCCGGUAUUGAUCGCGUUGAUAUUUCUGUUGACGGCCAUUGUACCCUGCGAUGGGAGUCCGAUAUCCGGGCUACGAGUGUCCUUAGUCUUUCCACAUCAAAUGGGAUCGUCUAUGCAUAUACACAGGACGACACACUCGCGCUGGAUGGCCAGUAUGUCUGGUACUUUACUGCAAUCAACUUCACAUCGGGGGAGGAAAUUUGGCGAGCAAGAGCAGGUGCGGGCGGAAAUUUUAACAACAACUUCUCACCAACCCAGCUUGCGCCGAAUGGAAUGCUUUACCAGAUUGUUACCAAUGGCAUCGCAUGGCUGAAGGAUGCUACUUAA